CCGAGCUUUUACAGGUGUUUGACCCUGCUUCACCUUUUGAAUGCGAAAAGCUCUUCUAAAAGCCGGGCCAAACAUAGUUAGAUAAAACGUAAUUUGGAAUCCCGCUCGCAGCCGUUAGAGGCAGUUAAACCAGGAAGAUAAAUAUUCUAUCCAAAAUCCAAUUCAGGGCAGAUAACACAAGAGAGGUCAAUCAAUCCCGAAUAAAAAACUUGCCGCCUCCCAAUUCAAUCCCUUUUGCCCUCUUCUUUCCUCUACUUCCAUGGCUUCUCUACCUUCCUUCCCCUCAACCACCACUUUCCAGCCUGAACCUUCUCUGCUGCAGAAACUCUCCUCUAUUGCUUCUCUUCCCGCCCAAAAGAACGCUUCGAGCCAGAGCAUUUCGUUCCACAGAAAUCCCUUGACCACCCAGUUGAAUGGAGCUACGGAGCAGAAGAGAUAUAUUGAUUUCCGGGAAGCGCUGUCUUUGAUCAGACGAGGCACCAAGUUUAAGUCCCAGGUUUAUCACCCUCUUCUCCAGCAUUGCAUCGAUAAGAAUUCGGUCUCGGAAGCGGAAAUCCUUCAUGCCCACAUGAUCAAGACAGGAACCCAGGAGCAGUUCUUCUUAAUGACGGCGCUGGUUAACGUGUACGCGAAAUGUGGCGACAUGAAAAGUGCUCGCAAAGUGUUCGACAAUUUGCCUAGGAGAAAUGUUAUCGCCUGGACCACCCUGAUGUCGGGUUAUGUCCAGAACUCAAGGCCAGAAUCAGCUGUUGAAGUUUACCGAGAGAUGCUGGAAAGUGGGUCUCUUCCAACAGGUCAUACUCUGGGGAUUGCUCUGAAUGCUUGUUCUGCAUUGAAUUUGUUGGAUCUUGGCAGACAGUUUCAUGCGUUCAUAAUCAAGUACAAGAUUGCGCAUGACCCUAGCGUUGGAAACGCUCUAUGUACUUUCUACUCAAAAUUUGGCUGCUUGAAGUCUGCCGUUGAAACUUUCAAGGGGAUUGAAGAGAAGAACGUCAUCUCGUGGACUGCGAUUAUAACUGCUUGUGGAGAUAGCAGCGAUGCGGCAAGUGGGUUGAGAUUUUUCAUCGAGAUGCUUAAGGAGGAUGUUAACCCUAAUGAGUUCACAUUCACUGCUGUGAUAAGCCUGUGCAGCGUGCUGCUUGCUUUGGAUACAGGAGCUCAGGUACAUUCACUAGCUAUCAAGCUUGGGUAUGAAUCCAAUAUCCAAAUAAUAAACUCAAUCAUGUAUCUCUAUCUGAAAUCUGGACGGAUCGACGAAGCACAGAAUUUUUUCAACAGACUGGAAUCUGUGAGCAUGGUUACAUGGAAUGCAGUCAUUGCAGGACAUGCACAGGCCAUUGAUGUAGCAAAGGAUGAACUUUUGGCUCACAGGAGCGGCACCGAGGCAUUGAGAAACUACUUUCAUUUGAACCGCUCUGUAUUGAAGCCUGAUCUCUACACCUUGUCGAGCAUCUUCACAGUGUGUGGGAAAAUCCUGGCAGCAGAACAAGGGGAACAAAUUCAUGCUCACACCAUCAAAACUGGUUUCUUAUCAGAUGUGGUUGUGGGAACUGCAUUAGUUAACAUGUACAGCAAAUGUGGAAGUGUUGAGAGAGCAAGUAAAGCCUUUCUUGAGAUGUCAACUAGAACUAUGAUAUCUUGGACAGCCAUGAUUUCAAGCUUCGCACAACAUGGUUGGUCUACUCAGGCUCUGCAACUCUUUGAAGAUAUGAGGCUAGCUGGAGUUAAACCGAACCAGAUCACGUUUGUGGGUGCUCUGGCUGCAUGCAGCCAUGCAAGAAUGGUCAACGAGGGGCUGAGAUACUUUGAGAUGAUGAGAAAGGAAUACCGAAUCAGACCUUUGAUGGACCAUUAUGGAUGUAUGGUUGAUUUAUACGUGAGGUUGGGCAGGAUAGAUGAAGCUUUCAAUGUCGUCAAGAAGAUGGAUUUCCCACCAAAUGAAUUCAUUUGGCUGGUUUUGAUUUCAGGAUGUAGGGAUCAGGGAAAUGAAGAAAUUGGGUUUCAUGCUGCUCAGCAACUGCUCAAACUGAAGCCUAAAGAUCCCCAGAUUUAUUCCAUUCUGUUGAAUUAUUACGCAUCCGCCAAAAGUUGGGAAGAUGUUUCAAGACUCAAAGAAUUGAUGAAAGAGGAGAAAAUAGGAAUAUUGGAAGAUUGGAGCUGGAUUAGCAUUAAAGACAAAGUCCACUCCUUCAAAACAAGCAUCCAGCGGGCUCCUGGAAAUGCUGGGACAUUAAGGUUGUUGGAUGAACUGCUGGACAAAGCGAGGAGUCAUGGCUACAUGACACACGCAGCUAUGGAGGUGAAUAAUGAAGUAAGAGAGGAAGAAAUGGAGCACGACCAUUACUCUUCUGCUUCUGCUGCUAACCACAGUGAGAGGUUGGCUGUGGCAUUUGGGUUGCUAAAUAUUCAAACUGAUGCCCCAAUAAGAGUCAACAAGAACACGAGAAUGUGUAGAGACUGCCAUAGUUUCAUUAAGAUCGUCUCGAGUAUGAGCAGUAGAGAAAUCAUCGUUAAAGAUAGCUGGCGCAUUCACAGGUUUGCUAAUGGGCAAUGCUCAUGUGGAGAGUUCUGUGGUCUCGUAUGAUUACAGAAAAGGAAGUCAAUCACCAUUUUUCAAGAUCAAGCUCUUCUAUACUAUGCAGCAACAUAUUACAUGGCAUUUAUAAGACCAAAACAUAUAUCAUGGCGAACAACAACAGGCAAACAAACCACAUGGUACAUGAGUCAUUGGUCAAGAGAUCCAACCUCACUUUCCCUACUAGACAAACUCGGAUGAUAUCGAACCUCAAAACAACUCAAAAGGAUAUAAGCUUAUGUUCUGGGCCUUUGAUUAAAAGUGGGUGACUAGGCAUUUCUAUUAGUCAUUUCAACAAAAAAACUAAUGUCAUUAACAGAAACUUAUGGAAGGUAACAGUCAAUAACCGAUCACCAAAUAUUAAACUAGUUUCAAUGGCCACAAAUGAAAUAAAAUAUUGUUGGUGACAAAUCUAAAAUAAUUUAAUAAUAUUUCGGACAACAGAUCCUCCAUGGCAUCGUUGGCAACAGAUCCUCCAACUCCUCUCGACCCACGGUACGUUCGACGAGCACGUUGUCGCCCCUGAUGAGGAAGUACUCCCUGCCGGAUGUCGGCGAGUCCAUGGUCACCGAUCCCGACGGGCUUUCUAACGUGGCGUACAUCCUCCAGCACCACCAUAUUGAAAGAAGUUAUUUGCAAAGACACGAUUUAUUGUUCGCCUAGACACGAAAUUCUUGUUCAUUUAGACUCAGAAUUACUAUUCACCCUCCUUUGAUUGGUUCCUGGUCUGCAGUUGGGCCUGCCGUUAUUUGUCCUGCUUUGUUUGCUGCAGGUAUUUGUUGUGGGUAGCGAGCCGCCCUCAAAUCAACACUGUUUGGUUCCACAUGGGAGCUGUCUCGGGAAGCGUUGUUUGCGAUGAAAAUCGCGUUGCCCACAAAUGCAUGCCACUUUUCGCUGAUCUCCUUCUCCUUCCAUCUCUCCUUGAGAUCUCUCUUAGGGCUUGCUGAUUAGUCAACUCAGCAACUUUUGCUUUGCAGUCUGCUUAGUGUGUACUGGAGCGGGCGUGUCGACGCCACUGAGCGGGGUGACACAAGGAAUUGUUCACCCACACUGAGUGGACGGAAAGCACUAGCCCGUUUUGUCCAAUCAAGGUAGGGGAAGGAGAGGUGAUGGCUUGGCGGUAAGUCGUGCGAAAAGAAGCAGAGAAGGGAAAGUGGACUGGGCAGUGAUCAUAAAUGUGCACGUUCAAAGUUCUUCCAUAUCAGGUAUUUUAUUCCUAGGACUAUGGUUCUGCUUUUGUGCUUUUGCCUCCCCAGUAUUCGAUCUCAUGUUUCCAUUUCGGUAUCUCUUUUGCUGUAGAGUGAACCAGAGUUUCCUGAUUUCUUCUCUUCUCUUUCAACUGUGUGGAUUUGAGUGGUCCAAGGACUUGAUUCGGAGAAGUGCAGAGCGUGGGUUCGAAGAUUCGGCAGAUUCGGCAGAUCCCUAGGUUUUACUUUCCCUUCAGGUGAUUAUUCCUUUGUUCUCUAUAUAUUUGUUCCCUCAAUUUUCCUUGAUGGGUUCGUUCUAUCUCUUUGCCCAUAAGGCUUUCUCAGAAACUUUUCUUCACUGAAAGCUCUAAUCAAGUUGUUUCUCUCACAUUCUCACCUGCGAACACUGGAAUCGGAGAGGAGAGGAAAUUGAAAAGAUGACUCAAUCCUUUCCAAAAAAUGAGAGUUGGGGGUGAACCAGCGAGCCCACCGCGGAACGACGAGGUUCACGACGGAGGGUAAAAAACUUUGUUUGCUUAAUCUAAUGGUUAUUAAUGGUUCGAGGUUGUUUUUUUUUUUGUUUUUGAUUCGUCCCUCCUUUUUGUUAGAUCCAAUUUAUCUCGAGAACCCUAAACCCUAAACCCUAAACCCCCCCUUCAGUUGUUGAAUGAUGAUUCCGUGGGUUUUUCUUCUUUCCUUCAUCCCCCAAUCGAAAAUGAGUGUGGAUUCAGGUUGAUUGAUUCACGGGUUUGCGAGAUGUUGAUGGAAUGUCUCUGGACAGUGUCGUUGGAACACAUAUAUGGAUUCCGAGGUUGGCGUUGGUAGUGUUACUGGCGAGGAACUCAGUUUGUGAGUUAAGCGAACCUCAAAAGAAAUCGGGUGGCUGGUGGCGGAUUCGAGAGGCUGUAGGUGACAGUGGAAGAACGCUCAGAUCUACAGGUUCUUUUGUGGUUUCUUCCUCCUCUCUUCAUCCAUGAUUUUGUUCUCCUUUGAAUUUGGGGUUUGUUAAUAAUUAGAGUUUAUUUUGAUUUCUUUUCGGCAGAGAUUUCGUACAAUGAGGCAAGCAGUGGGAGUUUAUUGAUACGCCGUUGUUGGGGUGGUGUGGGUAACAUCAGGGGAUUGGAGUUCCAGAGGGAGUCGCUGUAAUUAGUGAGGUUUGCCUCAUAAUCCCCCAUUUGUGUCUUUCAUUCUUUUUUUUUUUCUCGAAAUCCAGUCGUUUAAUGGUUGUAUUUGUUGUUACCUUCGGUAGAUAAUCAUCUGGUUGACUGUCCGACUUGAUGACCUCCACGGGAACUAUAUGUCUAUAUUUCCAAACUCCAAUGUUCAGUUUUUCGGAAUGUAAAUCCCUUUCCUCAAUCUCGACAGAUCGAUUCCUCUAUUUUUAUUAGUCGAGUUUUUUCUGAUUUGAGCUUUCAAAUGCUUUGUUGUUAGGUUGUGUAGCUCUCGAGUUGAAAGCUUCCAGCAACCCAGGGGAUUGAUUCGACUCCAGCAAGGUCGUGUGGUGGCUUUUGGUGGAUCCGCAGUAUUUAGAGGCAAGGCAGAUAGCAACCAUGGCACGUUCUGUUUUUUGUUCCUCUUUUCAUACAUGGAUAAGUAUCUAUCCCUCACCUCCAGGAGGGUUUCUUUGAUCAAUUGGGAUAUUUUUCAUUCAGGAUUUAACUCUUUGCAGACAAGAGUUCUGGGAUGGACGACCUACCAUCAAUGCUUCCUUUGGAUUAAUCAAACGGUUAGUUCAUGAUGAGCUUUGAGAUUUUUUCUUGGUCCGAGAGUUUGCUCAUUGACCAUAUCAAAUAUUUAUUGGUUGAUGGUUUAAGGUCUUUAGUUGAAUUUCAGGAUUUAUGUUAGGGUUGUUUGGUUGUGCUUUCUUUCUGAAUCUUUUUGUGCUUCAUUUGCAUUGCUCUUUGGAUUGUUUGGCAACAAAGAACCCUGGGAAUA